GUGCUGUCACCUGACGUUUGAGUUUCGACUUGGCGCAUAUAUGCGGAUAUAAUACACAUACUUGUUAGCGACGUGCAACGUAACCAGUGCGAGCACUAAGCAGUCACAGUCAAGUCGAGAUAUAUAGGUAUAUACAUAGAAUACAAUUGUAUAAUGUUUAAUGUGUAGCGCGAAGCAGUGCUUAUUUAUGAUGCAAUGGAUGGAUGCAUAAGUAGGUGAUGGCAUAAAUCAAAAUAAAGUCCGGCGUAAAUGAAGCUGCAGGAGGUGCGGCCGCAAUACGGGAUCAAACGAACUGCGCCACAAUCGAACAUGAACUUUCUCCCGCUGCAGAGACGGCGCCGUCGACGGAGCCGAGGACGUCCGCGGCGCAGGAUCACAGUAUCACACUGGCCAGUGCAGCUCUCUGCCGCUGCGCAGAGACUCGGAGAGCGGCUGCCGCCUAUCGCAUCAAAGAUGAAGUGGCCACUGAUGCUGACGUGCUUCCUACUGCCGCAUUCCUGCAUUUUCGGAGCCCCGGAUUCGAGCCCGCGGUGCGAGUUCCCGGAGCAGUGGAGAGGAAGCUGGUUCCAGUCGGGCGAGAACACCCUGAUCGCGAUCAACGGCACGCGCAUAUCGAACAAGGGCCAGUGCACCGAGGCCGAUGGCGACAUGUUUCUCAUCUACGACACGGAGGAGAAGUGUUCCCGGUGCCUGGUGAUGCACGAGAAGCACCCGAACGUCAUCCAGUACAAAGAAACCUUCUGCACCGUCGGCAAAUUCUGGGACAUCUGCUCCCACCUGGUGGGCGACGGACAGCUCUUCUCGCUCUUCCGCUCGAACGCCGCGCCGUCCUCCUGUCCGUUCGCCGGGCCGCUCGAGUUCACCUACACCCGCGGCGACGACCGCAAGACCUGCAUGUUCCCGCUGUCGCAGGCGGACGCCUGCACCCAGGACUCGAAGCUGCUGCUGCGCUACAUGGCCUGCGCCGACGUCCGCGGCACCGAGAGCUUCAACGUAGAGAUGGAGUGCCUGGCCACGUGGAAGGAGGGCAGCACACAGUACCUCGUGUCCAGGCUCAACGGCACCGGCCUGGUCAACGACGAGAGCCGCUAUCGCUGUUUCGCCUACGCCAAGUCGGGCAACAGCACGUGGAACCUCGCGCAGAGCGGCGACGCCAGCUGUAACGGCCUGACGAGCGCCACCGAGGGCGCCAAGACCCUCAAGAUGAUGCAGAAGUCGGAGUCGUCGCGCUGCGCCUUCCCCGGCUGGCUCGUCCGGCCCUACUCGUGGGUCGCCCUGGAGCGCACCGCCUCGACGAGGCUCCUCGCCGGCCUCAACAACGUCACGAUCCUCGACCAACACGAGACGCAGUUCGCCUGCCAUUACAUCGUGCGGGGCAACAAGCACAGCGAGCUCAAGAGCCAGUCCGAGGCCAUCGACAGGUUCCAGAUCGUCGCCAGGGCGACCAGGGGAUGCACGAACGGCUUCGUGUGCGUCGUGUUCCACAAGCGGGACGACCACGUGAUCGAGAUGCAGCAGUCGCAGAACUGGACGCAACAGGAGGACGAGGCCUGCAAGCCGAGCGUUUUCGAGCCGCUCUCGGCGCCCUACACGACCUUCAUCACGAUGGAGCCAACGACGAGGCAGUGCCCGUACCUCGGCCGCUACGUCGUCGUGGUGGUGACGCGGCCCCCGGGCCACGGCUACGCGGAGAACGUGGCGGAGGUGCGCUCCGCCAGGAUGACGAGCACUCCCCAGCCGACGCGCUGCCAUCAGGCCAGCGUCGAGGGGCUCAACAUCGGCUGCACCAGGCCCGAUUUGAUGGAGUUCGCCACGGACUGCACGGACAAGGCUCUAUUCAAGUACUCGUGUCACGGAACUUGGGUGGAGAACGACACGGCCUACCUAGUCGCCAGCACGGAGACGGAUCGCUAUUGUCUCGUGUACAGCGCCUCGGCCUCGGGCAGGACGACGAGCUCGACGAGCUCGACGAGUCGAGAGCUCACGGUGACCGGGCACCUGGCUUCGUGCCCGCGAGCUGCUCACCUCCACAAACACGAGUGGCAAGUCAACCUCACGGCCUACGCCCAGUGCGACGACGUCUCGUCGGCCUCGACGUGGCGCUCGUCGGGCUCCUCGCUGACGACCCACGUGCUCUUCGUCCUCGGCGCCCUGCUCAGUCGCUACUUCGGCAGGUGAUGCAGCCGCUGUUGAACGCGAAGAGCUUGCAGCCGAGCUCCGGCUGGAUCGAGCGGCUACCGGACCGAGGGGCGCUAGAGCGAAAUUACUUGCGAAUGUGGCGGAUCUUGUGUGCGGAUCUGCGCUGGAUUCUCGGCAGGACGCUCUUCGGCUGAUUCUUUUUGCCCCCGGGCUUCUCUCGCGGGAUUUCCUUUGCGUUAUUCCGUUGCGUCGGCGUGAUUUUUUUGCGAGCCCACGGUUCGAUGGAAAUCAAAAGGGUAUAGAAAUUCGCGCAAGUUUAGCGGAAAGAAGGCGGAGGGGCCGAGGCAUUGUUUCAGAACUAUUGCUUAGCGUCUGCGUUCGCCUCGACUUGAGGGCAACUGAGAGCUUUAUAGCGAAACUUUAGAUCUGCCCCGUCAGCCUGCAGACUGUGCAAACAUUGAUUCACUCUCAUUUUCGCAGUACCAGCUCCCAGUCUGAUGUGAGCAAAACUUGGCGCUUUACAUGAUGCCCAUAUUUUCCCCAGCUGACAUAUGCUGCGCUGUUUCUCGGAGAGGCCGCGCGCGAGUCGCUGGAUAAAAUUUCGAGAGGACACGCCGCGGCUGCCUGACCUGGACUUGGCGCACAUAUCAGAGAUUGCACAGAGCAAAGCUACGCGCAGUAGAAGAAGAAAAGAGCAAAGCCCAUCGGGUGCAGGAUAAUAUUCUCGGUGCGAACGUGCCUUAAGACGAAGACGUGUGUAUAGUAACAAAAAAUUAGGGUGAUGGGGCCAAAUAAUUGCACUAAUUCGCGGCUGUUGAAUCUAGCUCGAGAGGACAAAAACAGGCGAACUGGGUGGUAGAGAGAAGAAAAGUACGGACGCGGGAGUCGAGGCGAGAGGAACUUAGAUAGCCGGAAUCAAGAAAGUUUUAACUGCCCCGCCACAUUCGCAAGGAUUCCGUAUACACGCGUAACGAUCGCGGCUCGGACACCGAACCUACUCUUAACGAAUAUUCCUCCAGAGGUUCGUUGUACGAUGUUUAUAAAGCUCAAUGAUUCAAGAGACAGUGUAGCGCACAUAGAACGGAAUGUUUCCUGUAAAGUAUGCUGAGGUGAAGCGGCUGAAAUUUUGUCUACUUUGAGUUUCAUCAACGGACGAACAUUGUAAUUUGAGCGAGAAAAAAUCCGAGCACUACCAAAAUCUAGAUCUAACGACAGUCGUCGAUAUCAUUGUUGAAACUGAAAAUAAAUAAUACUCAUAGUUCUUAGCACCUUGAAGUCAUUUUACGAAGACAAAAGUGUAGAAAACCCCGAGCCUGCGCUGUUUUUGUUCCAUAAUUUUUUUAAGCCCACGAAAGAUUAUAUGAUUCACUUACGUGACGACGACAUAUCGAGAUAUUAUAAUGAAAUAGGCAUGUAUAAAGAUAGAAAAGAAGCAAAGUCAAAUUGUAAUAGACGAACCCAAACUAAGGAAGAACAAAAUGUAAAAGGAAAUAGCAGAAACCUAUACUACGACGACGAUCUUGUAAAGACCGUCCGAUUAACCGCACUAUAGUUAAUGAAAUAAAUAAAAUAAAAUUCGCUCCGUACUUGAUAGCGAGAACUCGAUAAAGCGUGAAUAUUUUUGAUCCAGACUAUUUUAAGUAAAUAAUGAAAGCCGGUCUUUUCGUAGGAACAAACAGUGAAGGGGCUACACGUCUAGUCGUAAUCGAUAGUCACGAAUAUUCGGUAUUUGGCUACAAAACUGUACACUACUAGGUAACUUGAAUUCAAACUAGACUUAGCUGUGAAAUCUUGACAUCAAAUGUUUGCACAAGAAUAUUUUGAAAAUAUUGCCGAAUAUUAUUGACAACCAGAAGGCAAUUCAAAAAGAACUGACUCAAAACUGUGAACUCCUAAAAUGUUAAUUUAAGAUAAUCUCGCAAUACAGCGUUUAUUUGAAAUUUAUUAGAGAUUAACCUUGUGUUAUCAAGUGAUUAAGUGGUUGAUUUGGAAAGCUUUAUAGGAAUUGCAAAUUAAAAAGCAAUUAUAACGUUUGUUUUUUCUACUUGAAUUAUAUUUUUGCAGCGUGUAAAUACAAUGUAAAUGACUGCUUUAUCGUCGAGAUUUUACGGACUGCCUCGUCAAGGCUGUAAAUAAUAUAUUUAAAAGAAUUAUUAUGUAGUUAUACGAGAAAAUGUUUGACCGGUUUCCCGUCAAUAUAGGAAAAAGUAAGAGAUUUGUGGUGACAGUGUCAUCGUGAUAAAUUACAUUGUGAAAUAUAUAUAUAUGAAAGACUAAAGGAUCUAUAAAUGUAGUUUCAGGGUAUUUAAGAAUUUCAUAUACAUUUCAAAACUAUCAUUAAAUUACGCAUACAGUUUUUGUUUAACUCCACGUUUAAAAAUUGUAUUUCUCGAUUCGCGCUCAAGUAUUGUUGUGUAAAUUUGUGUAACACGGGUUGAUCAAAGUGUCAAAGCUAAAAUAUUUCACUAAAAUCUGUUACCUUAUAAUCUUGAUAAUAUAGAAGGCAAACGGGCGCGAAAACUAUUCAAUACCUAAAUGAAUUUUUAAAAAUUUGUAUAAAGUAAUAAAUAUUCGAUGUAAUCUACAUAUAUAGGAUAUAUGCACAAAACGAUGGUUCUCAUCAUCAUUGUGAUGAAAUAGAUAAUUCGAGAUUUACGAGAAUCAAAUUUUCAAAGUAUGAGGUAUUGCAUAAGUAAAAAGUAAUGAACUAAAUGUUAAAGUACAGUUAUAAAAUGCGUGGACUGAAGUUUAAACUGCUCAUAGAUUGGGCAAGAUCAAUUUAUUUUUCACGAUUAAACGAAAUUGAAUUAUGAUACCGAAAGCUAUUAUAAGACCUAACUGCAUCCUGUUAUACGUUAUUGAACAUUAAAUGUAUGCUUUUAUAAUUUGAAAUCUAUGGCACGUUGCUAAUUAAUGAAUGUGUUGUUUCGAUGUGUAUAUGCUAUUAAUGGCAUCUUUUGUCAAGUCAAUAAGUCGAAUUACAGCUGCAGUGUACUUUUAAAGCGAUCUUAGAGCUUGCCAUUUGUUUUACUUUGUGCAAUAUUAUAAUGGAUCAUCGCAAUCACAUCAAAUUUAAAGGUCCAAAAAUCAAAACCGAUUAGCUCGGUUGGCACUUAAUAGGCUCUCUCUCUCUUUCACUUUAAAGCUCCCAUGGUGGAAGACAAAAACGCAACACAACGAGUAUUACCGUCUCUAGUCUGAUAGCGAAUUACCUGAUGAAUUUCAUCGAUUUCGUGAAGGGUGAAUCCAUGCUUGGAUUAUUCCUGAGAGAUAAAUUAAAAAAGUAUUGAAAAAAUGAAAGCUAGACUGUAAGAUAAUCGCGUGUAAAGCAAAAGCGCCUAACGAUACUUCGAUUUUUUACUGAAGUAAUGGAAGUGUUAUCAGCUUAGCGUUAAAAUAAAUAAAUUGUAAAAUAUAAAACAGAAAUCUUACAUGAAUAUUAUAUAAUAAUCUAUAUUAAGAGUCGGUACACCAAAGCUGCUGUGAAAAGCCAGACUCACAAACAAACACGGAAAUAGGGCUCACGCUUGGAAGCUACGGAAAUCUAUACAUACUGAGUGUUUUAUUAUCGGAUUGAAAUAUUACAAUGAUACCUAUGAAUAUAGAUGGUUUUUCAUUAUUAUAUUAUAGAUGUUACUUAAUAAUAUAUUUACAAAUAACUAACCAAA